AACUAAGUUCACUAGAGCAACUAAUUGUUGCUAACCCAUGUAUAUAUGACACAGGCAGAAGCAAGCCAUGGCCAAUAUUCCCGCGCAGCUUUUUCAAUCCAUAUCACCGCCACCGCCACCGCCACCGCCACGACCAAUAUCAUCAAAUUACGCCGAUAAUGCACCUCUCAACUCCUCAACUCUUCCCCUUCCAAGAAGACCCGGACAACAAUCUGAUCAACCUAUACACACUAAUAUUUCUCCACUAUACAACACUAAGCCACUCACUUCCACCACAUACGCUUCAAUUCUCAGCUCUUGUACAUCUCCAAAUUUACCCACCCAGCUUCACGCCCAUGUAAUCAAAUCUGGGUUUCAUGCCCAUGACUUUAUCCAGACUAAAUUACUUCAAACCUACGCUAAGUUUGGUUUUCUAGAAUCUGCACAGCUUCUGUUUGAUUUAAUGCCCCUGAGAAACUUAUAUUCUUGGUUGGCCAUCAUUAAUGUGUACAGUUAUCAUGGACUAUAUAAUGAAGCUUUUACUGUGUUUCACGAAUUGUUGGUUGAAGAUAUUGGAUUGGAAUUCUUUGUUUUUCCUGUUGUGUUGAAGAUAUGUAGCGGUCUUGGUAAUGUAGAUUUAGGUAGGCAAUUACAUGGGAUGUUGAUUAAGUAUCGGUUUUUCGCAAAUAUUUACGUGGGUAAUGCGUUAAUUGAUAUGUAUGGUAAAUGUGGGAGCUUAGAUGAUGCCAAGCAAGUUAUAUUAUUGAUGCCUGAGACGGAUUCUGUGUCGUGGAAUUCGGUUAUUACGGCGUGUGCUGCUAAUGGAAUGGUUUACGAGGCGCUAGAGUUUCUUGAGAAGAUGAAACUUUUGGGUACUUGUUUGCCGAAUCUUGUUACUUGGAGUGCGGUUAUUGGAGGUUUUGCGCAGAAUGGUUAUGAUGAGGAAGCGAUAGAGCUCGUUGUUAGAAUGCAAGAGGAAGGGAUUGAACCGAAUGCGCGAACUCUGGCUAGUGUUCUCCCAGCUUGUGCUAGACUGCAAAAGCUUAGCUUUGGUAAGGCGUUUCAUGGCUAUAUCACGAGACAUGGAUUUAUGUGUAAUCCUUUUGUUGUCAAUGGAUUAGUUGAUGUGUAUAGGAGGUGUGGCGAUAUGAAUUGUGCAGUUAAGAUAUUUUCGAAGUUUUCAGUGAAAAAUGAAGUGUCGUAUAAUACAAUGAUUGUUGGUUACUGUGAGAGUGGUGAUGUAUCCAAUGCUAAGCAGCUGUUUGAUAGUAUGGAGCUUUUGGGGGUGAAAAGAGAUUUAAUUUCAUGGAAUUCGAUGAUUUCAGGAUAUGUGGAUAAUUUCAUGUUCGAUGAAGCUUUAUAUAUGUUUUCUGAUUUACUGAAACAAGGAAUUGAACCGGAUUCUUUUACUUUGGGAAGUGUUUUAGCAGCGUGUGCUGAUACGGCAUCGCUGAGGCAAGGGAAGGCGAUACAUGCUCAUGCCAUUGUUAAGGCCUUGCAUUGUAAUACAUUUGUUGGUGGAGCUCUUGUAGAAAUGUACUCUAAAUGUCAAGACCUGCGGGCUGCUCAGAUGGCGUUUAACGAUGUGCAUGAUAGGGAUACACCGACAUGGAAUGUUCUCUUAUCGUGCUAUUCCCGUUGCAACCAAAUCGAAGGAAUUCAAAACCUGCUUCAGAAGAUGAGAGAGGAUGGAUUUGAGCCGAACGUGCAUACAUGGAACGGAAUUCUUGCUGGUCACGUGGAAAAUGGUCACCUAGACGUGGCCAUGCAGUUGUUUUCAGAAAUGCAGAUGAAAAUUCCGACCGCUGAUAUUUACACUAUCGGGAUCAUUCUACCUACUUGCUCAAAGUUGGCUACGCUUGAGCGAGGGAAACAAGUCCACGCACACGCGAUAAAGCGCUACUACGACUCUGAUGUACAUAUAGGAGCAGCGCUCCUAGAUAUGUAUGCAAAAUGUGGAAGUAUACGGCACGCAGUGUUGGCCUAUAACAGGAUAUCGAGCCAUAAUUUGGUGUGCCACAAUGCUAUGCUUACCGCAUACGCAAUGCACGGAUAUGGAGAAGAAGGAAUAGCUCUGUUCCGAAGAAUUCUGGCCGAUGGAUUUCAAGCAGACCAUGUGACGUUCCUAUCCGUUCUUUCGUCUUGUGUUCACGCCGGAUCAGUUGAGGCAGGGCAUGAGUUUUUUGAUUUGAUGAGAUACUAUGAUGUGAAACCUGAACUGAAACACUACACUUCAAUGGUUGAUCUCCUGAGCCGUUCAGGACAGCUUAAUGAAGCUUACGAGCUUAUCAUGAAGAUGCCAAUGGAAGCCGACUCAAUUAUUUGGAGUGCUUUACUCGGAGGGUGUGUGAUUCAUGGGUGCGUCGAGCUUGGGGAAUUUGCAGCAGAAAGAGUUAUAGAGUUAGAACCAAAUAACAGUGGGAAUUAUGUUCUGUUGGCUAAUCUAUAUGGUUAUGGAAGGAGAUGGUUAGAGUUAGCGAGAAUAAGAGAGACGAUGAAGGAUAGAGGAAUACGUAAGAGCCCCGGAUGUAGUUGGAUUGAGGAUAAAGAUGAAGUUCACAGCUUUGUUGCAGGUGAUAGAUGUCACAAAAGAAGGGAAGAGAUAUACAGUACUUUGCAAACCUUGAGCUUUCACAUGAGAAUGUAUUGCCUUACUUCUCACUGAGCUUUCUUCUUGUAACUAUUACCGUAUAAUAUAAGCAUCACUGCCAGGAUUGGAAAACCUGGAUGAAUUGGUGUUUUCCUCCAUGAAA